AUGCAGGUCCUUGUUUGGAAGCACGCGGACGAGCAUCUCGAGGUCGACGAUGGCGCCAUGGACGUCUACCUCACGCACGCUGCGGCCGGCCGCGUCCGCGUCGUUGGUCUGAUGAACGGCGACGCGCCCGCGGACGCGACCUUCGCGUCGACCAAGGAGCAUCAGCUGCUGCUGCACACCAUGUCGCCGAGCCUUCCGACGCUCGACGCUGGCGACGAUGAGAAGAAGUCUCUGCUCUGGAUGCAUGCCGAGGAAGCAUCCAACGUCAUCGUCCUCGCGUCCAAGAACGAGCAUCUCGGUCGUUUGCUGCUGGUGCUCCUCUCGUCCGUUCUUUUGUACAGCCAGGAUAGUGAGCUCAGCUUUGAGAAGCUGCGCUGGAUCGCAGACCUCCCGACGCAAUUCAAGUUACGGUCAAACCAGGACGAGGCUGGCGUCAUGAAGGACCUGGCGAGCGUCCUGCCGCGCUUUGUGUGGGUCGCGCGCAACUCCAAGGUCAAGUGGCUCGCCAACCCAGGGUCCGCCACGAAGAAGACGCCCACGGAGUACUUUGAUGGGCUCUUUGCGCUCGAGUCGGGCUUUAGCGAGGCUGUGAUGCAGAGCAACGCGUUCAAGACGUAUUUUACAACCUUCUUCCCCACGCGCGACUGCAUGAUGAUCAGUCGCGCGGUCGAAGCCAGCGCCGGUAUCGAGCUCACGUACGAUCUGUCGCGCGACGUCCUUCGGCCCGACUACGUCGUCGCCGCCGACAAGGUGCAUUCGCGGUAUCUCUCUGGCGAGGCCGGCGAAGACACUUUGCCGGCCAAGCAAGUCGCGGGCAAUGCGAUCACGCCUGCGCAGUUUCGGAUUCUCGUCGAGUACUUUGUCGAGUCGCUCAACACGCACCAGUUGCCGAUCCUGCAGCACGCUGCGACCAAGAUGCUCCGCGUGACGUGCGAGCAAGGAAUCGCGCGUGCGGCCGAGCAGUACACGCAGACGUUCGCAUCACUCGUGCCGCUCGCCUCGGAGGAAUCGGCCACGAUCCCGUCGUCGCGCCUGCUUCUUUGGCCCACCUUAGGAGUUUACACGCUAUCGCAGCAGAUCCCUGUAACCAACGCCGCGGCCCAAACGCUGCUCCAAGGCCAGAUCACCACGCUCCUCGCGACCCUUGAUGCUGCGUAUGCCAAGGCCCUUGCGUCGGCAACAGAGCUCUCGCAGGAGACGUGCACGGCGCUCUUGGCCACGCUGCACCCGCUCUCGCUCACUGAGACGACGACAGAGCUGGCACAGCGACCUCGUGACGAGUUUCCGGAUGGUCUCCAAGCCACGCUUUUGGGGUUCAAAAGCAACCUUCAGCGUGCUCUGGCCGAGUACAAGGCCGGCGCGACCGCGCGCAACCACCAAGGGUCGUCCAGCUCGGCGUACGACCCAGAAGCCGGUCUUGGUGUCGCCAUGUACCCGUCGCUGCAAGUGUACUUAAGCGACCACAUCCUCGGGUCGGUCGUCGAGUGGGGCAAGCAGGUGCUCGGGCUCUUUGAGAAGCACAUGGCUGCCGCCAAUGAGGAGAAAGCGACGCUGGAGCAAGAACUAGCCGAGCUCACGGCCGCAGACGCGCUAACGGACACGAGCGAUCGCCGGAAGGAGUUUGAACGCGAGCUUUCUGCGCGCACGGAGGAGCUCUCGUCGCUCAAGUCGACGCUGACGGCGGAGCUUGAAGACAAACGCAUGGACUUGGAGCGGCUCCUUCUCGACCUUCAAGGUGUCACAAGCAAGCACGAAGCGCGCGUCGCGUCCACGGAGCGCGAAAUCGAGCGAAUCAAGGCCAAGACGCUCAGGAUCGAGGAGCAAGCGCUUCUCGAGCGGCAGAAGCGCGAGGCUCUGGUGCACGGUGCGGCCAUGGACAUCCUCAACAUAGAGACGUCGCUGCAUAGCCAGCAAAAGAGUCUGUAUAGCGAGCAGCGCAGUGCGCUGGCCAAGGUCGCAGAGCUUGAGCGGUCGCUGAACGCCAAGAAGACGGCGCAUCUGCAGUCGCUCUUUGACCUCGAAACGGGCUGCGCGCGCCAAAUGGAAGAAACCAAGGCCGCGCACAAGAAGGACAUGGCCGACCUCAAGACGCAGGCCAAGCAAGACAUCUUUAUGCUCAAGAAGGCCUACGACAGCAAGAAGAGUGUCGUGCAGCACCAGCUCGACGAAGUCAACGUGCUUGUCAAGCAAUGUGAAGACCAGCUCGCGCUUCUCGAGCCCAAGCUCAACCUCGACGGUCCUGUACCGCGACUCAACACGGCACAGGGCAAUCCUCGGUCCACCCAAGACGAAAUGUGCAAACAGUCGUAG